CCAGCCAAGACCGCAUAGCCAGCGCCAGUUGCAAAAAGGUCCCAAAUAUUAAUCAAAAACCAAAAAAAAAAAACAAUAUAUAUAUAUCGAAAAAAAAAAGAAAGAAAAAACAAAGUUUGAAAUCGUAUAUAAAGCAUAACCAAAUUAUAGUAUUUAAACAACAAAAAGAAAAGCGCUUACGUACUCGCCGCCGUUGCUACCCGUCGCCGUCGCACCAAACAUCCUCCUUUACACUUUGCUUUCAACAACAAAAUGUGGCAGCCGAGCACACAGCAUUUUCUGGCGCUGAUCUUCUGCAGCGCCGUCUGCCUUAUCAGCGCAAGUCCUCUUCCACUGCCCGCUGGCAAUCAGGAAUUAGAUGUUCUUCAAAUUCCUCUAGCUAAUGGAAAGGAAAUCGAUGUCUUGACACUUGGCGCCAAAGAUCAAGAUCAGUUGAUAGCCGAUCGGAACAAGAGAACCAUUGGACUGCUGCGCGAGCUGUUCCCCGACAUAACAAAGAGCGGCGCCACCGAUACCAAAAUCGAUCUAUCGGCGAUCAAUAAGCAACUCGAGGAGACCAUUAGAGUGGCGCGUCAGGUGAAAGAGGCCGAGGCAGCGGCCGCUGCCGCCGCCCAAUCGUCUGGCUCGCCCAUCGCCCAGGCGCCCAUUCCCCUCAAGUCCAACGAACCCAUCCAGCUGAGCUUCAACAAUGAACUCUCCUCGGUCAGCGCCGGCAGCAGCGGCACCAGCAGCGGCAGCAUUGGAGCCACCGAUGUCAAAGCUCUCAGCACCAACGAUCUGCAGCUGUCCGAGUCCAAGUCCCCCGCCAUCGACGAGCUGUCCCUGGACUCCGUGGAGGACACGGCCGAUUUGGAUGAUCGCAACAAGAGUAAUAUAUUCAAAAGGUUCCUGAGCUUCGGUGGUGCCGGCCUGGCUGGCGGCUCUAGCGGCGGCGCAGCGGGCGCCUCGCCCAGUGGCAACAGCCUGGGCGGUGGCGGCGGUGGUUCCGGUAACUUUUUGCUGGACGUGGUGCGCCUCUUCUCGGGCAGCGUGCAGACCCAGCAAGGCGACGAGGCUGCCAACUCGGUCAGCGGAGGCGCCAGCAGCAGCAGCAGCACGGAUGACACGGAUGCUGGCAGCGACAGCACGCGCAACGCCGACGGCUACACCGAGGGCAUUCCCGGCCCAGUGACGCGUCUCGUUGUCCUGGCCAAUCGAGGUCUGGCUAACCUGGUGCAAGACUUGAUACUGCGCGUGGCCGCCACAAGCGAGAAGUUUGUGAACUUCAAGGCCAAAUUGAUAACGGCACUGAUAUAAGCCAGCUUGUCGAUCCUUGGCCAACUCCUCACGGCCCUGCCUUAGUCAAGUCAACCCAAUUGUACAGAGUCAACGCAGCCAACUGCACGCCCACAUUUCAACACCAACCCCAACACCAACACACGCCCACGCACAACACCACUCGAUACUCGUCCACUCGUCCAUCACAUUAACGUUGUUGUGUUCUUUUCUUUGACAAUGGAAGCUCAUCUACAAUCUUUAGCGAAAUUUCUAUUUCUUAUAUAAAUACAUAUAUACAUAUAUAUAUACACACGCAUACUAUAUAACUCAAGCUCUAAGUAGAGAAGAAAUGUUUAUCAAAAUUUCCAAUACAAAAAGUGAAAAAAGAAAACUUUUUAUUUAUUUUUUUUUUAUACGAAAAUCGAAGAGGAAGAUAAACACACGCCCACGCACACACACUUAAAUACGAUACGAUCCUGCUUUCCUUUUUUCUAGAACUUUUGCUCUCGCUUCACUUUUGUAAAUAUUUUGCUAUCUUAACUUAGUUUAAACGUUCGCGAUUUUCCCCAAGGAUUUGCCUCAACAUAUAUAUUUUUUCGAUUACUAAAACA